AUGAGGAGCGCGGCGCUGCGGCGCUGCCUGGCCCCGGCUCUCGCCGCCGCGGCGCCCCCGCCGCUCCCGCCGCGCCGCGGGCUGAGCGCGCCGCUGCCCCGGGCCGGCAGCGCGGCGGCGGCCGCCCGCAAAGUUACUGACAAUGCAAAGAAUUCCUUGGCCUCUCUUAAGAGAGAAAACCCUCGGCUUGAGCCAACGCUUGCCAUUAUUCAGGCACAUAAUGACCAGUUGAUUCAAGAAGCAAACAAGAACUUUGCCAAAGAGAUUGGUCUACGUGUUAUUCACAUCUGUCUUCCUGAAGGCAGCACCAAAGAUGAGAUUGUCAGUGAAAUCUUGAGACUGAAUGAGGAUCCUAACGUGCAGGGCCUUGCUCUUGACCUCCCAGAAAGCUUAUAUAGCAGUAAGGUAUUAAAUGCUGUGAAACCAGAGAAGGAUGUGGAUGGAUUAUCCAGUGUAAACCUAGGACGUUUGGUACAUGGUGAUGUCUGUGACUGUCUAGUUCCUCCUACAGUGUGUGCUGUGAUGGAACUUCUUGAAGAUAUAGGUGGGAAGAAGGUGCUGCUGGUGGGAGCGCGCGGGGCAGAGGGAGCUGCCCUGCAGAGCGUGCUGCAGCGCCGCGGAGCCGCCGUGCUCAGCUGCCACUGGGAAGCCCCACAGCUGCAGAGUGAGCUCCGUCACGCAGACGCGGUGGUGUUGGGCAGCACGAAACCCCACGAUGUUCCUGUGAGCUGCACAAAGCCUGGGGCCACCAUCAUCAACUGUGCUCACGAUCCUCUGCCAGAGAAACACAGCUAUGGUCAGCAGAACAACCCUGCUGCUGAAAAGACUGUUGGUUCUCUUGCAGUAGCAAUGAGAAUGCAGAACAUGGUAAAAAACAUGGAGCGAUGGAUCCAGUCCCAGCAGUACAGGAAGUGGGACCUCCACAGCUUGAAACUGCAGCCCCUCUCCCCAGUGCCAAGUGAUAUUGAGAUUUCCCGAGCACAGAGUCCAAAAGCUGUUGAUGUACUUGCCAAGGAGAUAGGAUUGCUUACAGAUGAAAUUGAGAUCUAUGGUCAAACCAAAGCCAAAGUACGUUUGUCCCUGCUGGAAAGGUUAAAGGAUCAACCAGAUGGAAAAUAUGUUCUAGUUGCUGGAAUAACCCCUACCCCCCUAGGAGAGGGGAAAAGCACAGUCACAGUUGGUCUCGUUCAGGCGCUUACUGCACACCUUAACAUUAAUUCCUUUGCUUGUCUGAGACAACCUUCUCAAGGACCUACUUUUGGAGUGAAAGGUGGAGCAGCUGGAGGUGGAUAUGCUCAAGUGAUCCCCAUGGAGGAGUUCAAUCUUCAUUUGACUGGAGAUAUUCAUGCUAUAACUGCUGCAAAUAAUUUGCUGGCUGCUGCUAUUGAUGCUAGGAUCUUGCAUGAGAAUACUCAAUCUGAUAAGUCUUUGUAUAACAGGCUGGUUCCAGUGGUUAAUGGCGUGAGAGGAUUUUCUGCUAUUCAGCUUGCCCGCCUGAGAAGGCUGGGAAUAAAUAAGACUGAUCCUGAGACUUUAACAGAAGAGGAGAUCAGCAAAUUUGUGCGCCUUGGUAUUGACCCAUCCACCAUAACAUGGCAAAGAGUGGUGGAUACAAAUGACAGAUUCCUGCGCAGAAUAACAGUCGGGCAGGCAAACACAGAGAAGGGAUUUGUCCGUCAGGCUCAGUUUGAUAUUGCUGUUGCAAGUGAGAUUAUGGCCAUCCUGGCACUUACCACCAGCCUUCAAGAUAUGAAAGAAAGACUGGGGAGAAUGGUGGUGGCUAAUGACAAGAAAGGACAACCAGUAACAGCAGAGGAUUUGGGAGUAACUGGUGCUUUGGCAGUUUUGAUGAAAGAUGCAAUUAAACCCACACUAAUGCAGACAUUAGAGGGAACACCAGUGUUUGUCCACGCUGGACCUUUUGCUAACAUUGCACAUGGAAAUUCUUCUGUUUUGGCAGAUAAAAUUGCUCUUAAAUUAGUUGGAGAGAAAGGAUUUGUAGUAACUGAAGCUGGCUUUGGUGCUGACAUUGGGAUGGAGAAAUUCUUCAACAUCAAAUGCAGAGCAUCUGGCUUGGUUCCCAGUGUGGUUGUGCUUGUUGCUACAGUGAGGGCUUUGAAGAUGCAUGGAGGUGGGCCAAAUGUAACUGCUGGUGCUCCCUUGAAGAAAGAAUACACAGAAGAGAACCUCCAGCUGGUAGCUGAUGGCUGCUGUAAUCUACAGAAACAGAUUCAAAUUACUCAGCUCUUUGGAGUUCCUGUUGUGGUUGCUCUGAACGUCUUCAAAACUGACUCUCCAGCUGAGGUUGAUCUGGUGUGUAAGAUUGCAAAGGAGUCUGGAGCAUUUGAUGCUGUACCCUGCAAUCACUGGUCGGCUGGUGGUAAAGGAGCAGUAAAAUUAGCUCAAGCUGUGGAAAAGGCAGCCAAUCAAAAAACCAGUUUCAAAUAUCUCUACAGCUUGGAGCUUCCUAUUGUUGAAAAAAUAAGGAUCAUUGCUCAGAAGGUGUAUGGAGCUCAGGAUAUCGAGUUGUCUCCUGCUGCCCAGUCUCAGGUUGAUCGUUACACCCGGCAGGGAUUUGGAAAUCUUCCCAUUUGCAUGGCAAAGACUCACCUAUCCCUCUCCCAUCAGCCUGAGAGGAAGGGUGUUCCCACUGGUUUCAUUUUGCCGAUUAGCGAUGUGCGAGCCAGCAUUGGAGCUGGAUUCAUCUACCCUCUGGUAGGAACGAUGAGCACCAUGCCAGGACUGCCCACAAGGCCGUGCUUCUAUGACAUUGACCUUGACCCCAUCACAGAGCAAGUGAAAGGAUUGUUUUGA